AUGACCCAUCAUGAUUUUUUACUCCAAAGACGACUAGAUCCUUCCAUUUCUAUCCGUCCAACACAAACAGUGUCACUCGAUAAAUCAUCAAUCUUUAGCAACCUUAUAAGUUAUAAUGAAUUGAAUGAGAACUUAAACAUCAACAAAUUGAAGAUUCUCCGGGAAUCUAUGAUCAACUCGAGCAAUCGGCAGGAUAAAUUGGACUCUUUGAAUGAUUUGAAUAACGAUUUGCUUAUCUUGCAUCAUCAUAUGAAAUAUCAUUAUCGAGUAUUUCCUAACCAAACCCCGAACUCUAGCAUUGUUAAUUCCAUGGAUUUGGAUGGAAUAGAAAAAGAAUAUAUGAUUAGUGGCUCCAAUAAUGGGGGAAUUAAAAUAUGGAACAUAAAUGAAACCAGCGAUAAUAGCGAUGGUAAUGGUAACGAAGUGUUGGAGAUUGGAGAAAUUUCCUCUCAGUUCAAUGAAGAAACCAACCGACACCGAGGGAAUAUAUCAGGCCAUGGAUUUGGAAUCUCCCAAGUGAAAUGGUGGCCGUUUGAUACAGGGAUGUUCGUAUCAUCAUCUUAUGACAAGAGUAUAAAAAUUUGGGACUCCAUGGAAUUGAAGUUAUUGUACAGUUUUGACAACACAAAAAUGACCCCAUCAACAUUAUACUCUACAAUUGAUACUUCGAAGCUGGGACAGGUUUAUUCAAUUGACUUCAGUCAAACAUUAAAACAUGGUCUACUAGCAAUCGCAUCACAAGGGGAAAGUUACAUUAAAUUACUUGAUUUGAAAACUAUGACGUUGGCUAGUUAUUUAUUCGACAAGAAAUUACAAGAUCAUAGUUCAAAUAUCACAAUAAAAUGGAACCCAAUCUAUGAUAAUAUUCUUGCCACUGGGAAUAAUGUUGGAGAGUUAAAGGUUUGGGAUAUUAGAAAAAGUGACAGUUGUAUUUAUCGAUUGUCAAAUGAUAUGACUAAGAUUCUGUGGCGAGGUGCGGGUCAUUCCAAAGCGGUGAAUGGAUUAUGCUGGACUAAUGAUGGAUCAAGUAUUGUCUCUGUUGGAUUAGACAACAAGAUGAAGCAUUGGAAAUUACACGAAAAUAGAGUAGACGAUCUUGUAAAAGUCAACAAUAGCGAAAAAGAUGGCAAAUUAGCCCAGAAAAAAAAGAGACGAAGGACCAAUAUUGAACAAUUUAGCUUAAAAAACCAUUAUUUGCGAUCAAUGGAUCCUAUAAUCAAUAAGCAACAUGUUAUUUAUCCAGCACUGGAAAAAUUGUUAGUGUUCGAUCUCAACGAUGGCAAAUUAAUGAAAACAUUACAGAAGAAUAUCCAAUCACCACAAGAUAUAAAUUUCAGAUAUACUUGCAUUGUUAGAAAUGAGGAAGCUUACUAUUGUGGAACAGAUAGAGGAACUAUUGAAACCUGGGGCCCAAAAUAUGAUGUUUUAAAUGAGUUGGACGAUGAGCUUGAAGAAGAGGAUACGAUUAAGGAUAGAAGAAAAGAUAUCUACUUGAGGAAAAAUCAAUAG